AUGGAGCAGGCAAACGAUGUGAUCGUUGCAGACGACAAAACCAAAUAUGGGGAUGGUGGUAGCGUUAGCAUUGCCGAAAGGAGGGCAGCCAAGUGUGGAUUCAAUGCCGAGAGGAUCAAUACGCCACGUAUCAGGAGGACCGCCGUCAGCCCUUUGACGUCGCCGGCGCCGGGGGACAGGUCACCUGGCCACCUCACUAUUCCACCCGGCAUCAGCCCCACCGCUUUGCUAGACUCCCCCAUGAUGCUCCCCAAUUCUCAGGCACUGCCAUCUCCUACUACCGGAACUUUUCCAAAGUUUCCUCCUAAUGAUGACAGUUCAAUGCUGAAAUCUGCAACUAAUCAAGAUUUCCGAAGGGGGAGUGGUUUUAAUUUACCCUGCAUGCUCAAGGAUCAAGGAGAUCAGAAGUAUCUGCCAGGUUAUUCUGGUUUUGAAAAUCAGGGGUCAAAUGUUGACUAUGAAGGUCUUGUCUUGGAGCAACAGCCAUUGAAUUUUGAGUUCCCUAUGGACAUUCAUGAAGAAUUGAAUGCAAAGAACUAUGAUAUUGAUCCAUCAGAUGAUGUUAAUAAUUUAAGUAUUGUCGUAAUGGAUGAUAACUGUGCUGACUUGCAAAUGCCUCAUACCAGCAUAGCUAGUGAUCACAAUUCUCUUCCCAAAGAAAUUAUUCAUGGGGAGGAUGUUGAAACCCAUCAAAUUUUGGAAGGAGACCAUAAAGGGUAUCCAUCUCUGGGGAUGGCAAGGAAUUCAGAGGAUGGAUAUAAUUGGAGGAAGUAUGGGCAGAAACAGGUUAAAGGUAGUGAAUAUCCGAGGAGCUACUAUAAGUGUACUCAUCCAAAUUGUCCGGUGAAGAAAAAGGUGGAACGAUCCUUUGAUGGUCAAAUAACAGAAAUCAUUUACAAAGGAGCUCCUCAUAACCAUGCACAACCUCAGCCCAAUCGACGUGCUGCAGCACCAAUUGGAUCAGCAUUUUCAUAUGAUGAGAUGUCAGAAAUGGCUGAGGGCAAUAGAACCUCUGCGAAAGUUGACCGUGACUCAGUUUGGGCAAAAAUUCAGUCCGGUGAGGAGAUUAGGAGUGGUUAUGACGGGAGAGGUGAUGGUCUGGAAAGGACAUCCUCAGCAUCCAUUGUGACUGAGCAGUCUGACCCUUUAUCGGCCACGCAAGGAAAAUCCCUAGGUGUCUUUGAAUCUGCAGACACUCCGGAGUUUUCAUCCGGACUUGCUAGUGUUGAUGAAGAUGACCAGGCUGCCCAACGGAGCAUAUCACUUGGAGAUGAUGCAGAUAAUGAAGAAUCUGAAUCAAAAAGAAGGAAGAAAGAUAGCUGCAUGAUUGAGACAAGUAUAGCUUCUAGGGCUGUCCGGGAACCAAGAGUCGUGGUCCAGAUUGAAAGUGAGAUAGACAUACUUGAUGAUGGCUAUCGUUGGCGAAAGUAUGGACAAAAGGUUGUCAAGGGGAAUCCAAACCCCAGGAGCUACUACAAAUGUACAAGUGCGGGAUGCUUAGUAAGGAAGCAUGUUGAAAGGGCCUCCCAUGAUAUAAAAUUUGUUAUUACUACAUAUGAAGGCAAGCAUAACCAUGUGGUGCCUGCAGCCAGAAACAGUAAUCAUAUAAACUCAAGUGGUGCUAAUGGACAUCCAGCUGCUGCCAUUGCUCAGCCAGCACUGGCAUUAUCCAGAAAUGCCAACAUUCCAAAGCCUGAGACGCAAGUACAAGAUCUUGCACCUCAUUUUGAUAGAAAACCAGAAUUUCCUGACGAGUAUCUGCGCUCUACUUAUCUCGGGAAUUUCAACAAUGACUUCAAAUUUGGAACUUCUUCCAUUUACCAAAUGAAGUUCCGACCUCUUCAAAAUGCAAUGCCAUAUGGCUCAUAUGGUCUAAAUGGUAGUCAUCACAAUUUGACUCACCAUGCUAGUUCUGUUGUGCCAGACUUCCCCAUGUCGCUGCCUUUGAAUCUUCCCCCAUCCAGCAGUCUUGGUCUCGCAGGUUAUGAUUUCAAUAAUGGAAAGUCAGUCUGUUCGAUGCAGCCUUAUUUCUCAGGACAGCAGCUGCAGGAGAAUGAUUUAAGGUUCGUGAAGCCAAAACAAGAAGAAAAAGAUGAGAGCCUCUAUGAUGCCUGCCUGCCUAUGAUUGAUCAGGGAAAUGCAGCAUUGUCACCAACCUCAGCCUUACUCUAUCAAAGAAUCAUGGGAGGCUAUCCAUCAUAAACUCUUAGGUUGUUUUUCAGAAUUAGUUCACCAACUGAGGCAGACUCUGCUAGCCCUAGCUAGCGCUCAA